AUGGCUGAUAUCAAAACAAGAAUUUUAGAUCUUAUAAAGGAAAAACAAAUGAUUGUAAAGGCUAAUGAAGAACAGAAUCAGCAGAUAAAAAUUUAUGAAAAACAGAUUGCAGAGCUUAAUAGCAUCAAUGAAGAAAGGAAGUCAAAAGAAAAGUUUGAAGAGCGAAUUGAAGAACUUGAAGGUGAAUGCAGAGAUCUUAGAGCUGAAUGCAGAGAUCUUAGAGCUGAAUGCAGAGAUCUUAGAGCUGAAUGUGAAGCUCUUCAGGCUGCUAGUGCAAAAUCAGAUAAGGAAAUAAAAAUCCUUCAAGAAGAAAAUCGAGCUAAUCGCGAAAAAUCAGAUAAGGAAAUUAAAAAACUUAGUGAAGUAAUUGCAAAGCUUAAAAAGGAAGUAAAAAGACUAAAUGAAAGCAAGACAGAUUUAUUAGAAGAAAGCAAGUCACAAAGAACAAUGAUCAAAAAUUUUAGACUUCAAGAUGAACAAAAUCAGGAAAAAAUGUCCAAACUAGAAGAGAUUGAAUUUAAAUCGUGAAUGAGGGAGAUUAUCACUGAUUUGAGAGAUGACUUAAUUAAAGAGUUAAGUGGGUUUAUUGACGAAAGAUGCUACGGAUUAUCAGAAGUUGAUAAAACAGCAAAUUAUAAGGGAAUAGAUAUGAAUGAAGUUAAUACUUGCAAGAGAAACUAUUUGCUCGAAAAUUAUGGAAUUGACACUGAUACUUUUGAGCGAAUUUUGGAGGCGAAAUAUGAACUGAAUUACUUCAUACACAACUCGACCUUAAUGGAAAGAGAAAAAGUUCAAAUCUAUUUAGCUGGACUUCCAGAUAACAAUGAAUUAAAGUUGAUUUAUAUGUCUAUGGCUAGAUUUAUUUCUAAGAGAGAAAAAGAAGAAUUGCAAAAACAGUUCCCAAACUGCUGUAGAAGAUGUGGAGAUAGUGGGCAUAGAACGGAGAGAUGCCAACUUUGCUAUUUUUGUGGAGAUUAUGGGCAUACCCAACAAAAUUGCCCAAGAAGAAAAUAUAAUCGAGAAACGUAA